AUUAACAAUUCUGCCACUUCCUUUAAUAUUUUUUAUCUUUUUAUUUUUUAAUUUCCGUCUCGGCUACGAGUUUUGAGGUGUGAUGAUAAUAAAAAAAAGCUUUUGUGCUUUAAUGGAAGGAACUUAACACCUCUCUCUCUCUCUCUCUCUCUCUUCUACAGCUCCUUGAUUAUUCUCCUUCUCUGUUAAUAUCUGAAUCUAAUCGAUCUUCUUCGUGAGCUCUAUUUUCCAGCAGCGAUUCGCUUUGCCUUUCAGUUGAAGGAACGAUAAGUUUUCAAAAUGUCACCGGAAGAGGAGCUGCAGAGCAAUGGCUCUGUGGCAAGUUCUACCAGGAACAUUGUAGGAGUACUCAAGGAGCAUAACUACUUGGGUCUCUCUGAUUGUUCCUCUGUUGGAAGCUCAAAUCUCUCCGGCCUUGCAGAUGAUGACAAAGCCACUAUCAGCCUCAAGGCCACUGAGCUCACACUCGGCCUUCCUGGAUCACAGUCUCCUGCUAGAGACACUGAGCUCAACUUACUUGGCCCUGCUAAGCUCGAUGAGAAACCUUUCUUUCCUUUGCUUCCUUCCAAAGAUGAGAUGUGCUCCUCUUCCUCCCACAAGAACAUUGCCUCUGGGAAUAAAAGAGGCUUCUCUGACACUAUGGAUAAAGUUCCUGUUUAUACUGAGAAAAACUGGAUGUUUCCUGAAGCGGUGCUAGCCACCCAAUCUGUUAUCAAGAAGGAAGUGGCACAGAACUUACCUAAAGGAAAGCUGAGCACUACAAACAACAGCUCUAGCCCACCUGCAGCCAAGGCACAGAUUGUUGGUUGGCCUCCAGUGAGGUCCUACAGGAAGAACACAUUGGCCACCACUUGUAAGAACAGUGACGAAGUUGAUGGGAAGCCUGGUUCUGGACCCCUCUUUGUGAAGGUCAGCAUGGAUGGUGCUCCAUAUCUGAGGAAAGUUGACCUGAGGAGCUACACUAACUACGGGGAGCUUUCUGCAGCCUUGGAGAAAAUGUUCACCACUUUCACUCUUGGUCAAUGUGGAACUAGCGGAGCUACAGGGAAAGAUGUGCGUAAUGAGACCAAACUCAAGGAUCUUCUGAAUGGAAAAGACUAUGUGCUCACUUAUGAGGACAAGGAUGGGGACUGGAUGCUUGUUGGCGACUUUUCAUGGGAGAUAUUUAUUGGUGUCUGCAAGAAGCUCAAGAUAAUGAAAGGCUGUGAUGCGAUUGGGUUAGCUGCAGCUCCAGCUCCAGCACCGAGAGCAAUGGAGAAAUCGAAGAUGAGAGCUUAAAGACUUGUUGGAAAAUGAUUCAGAAGCUUUCUAAUUAUACUAAAUAUGUGCGAUUCCCUUUUGGUGGUGUUUUAAAUCAAAGCAUUCUACAUCUUUCGCUUCUGAGAUAAUUAUUAUUAAGAAAAAAAAAGACUACGUUUGUAAGGAAAUGAAGAAGAAUUCAAAUGAUCUAUUAUUUUGUUGUUGUUGCUGCUUGUUUAGUCGAACCAAAUAACUCUGGAGUCUUGUCUAUGUAUGGGUUUUGAUUUCGAUGUGUGGUUUGACUUAUUUAUUUUGGGAUAUUUUGAUGCAAUGUUUUUUUUA